AUGGACCUUCCGGCCAACGAAUUGGAUCCCAUUGGAUCACAUACGAGGGAAAACCUCAAAAACCGCUCUUAUCGUGAGCUGUGCCUUGGAGCGACCGACAAGGGAUGGAGUAAUCGCAUGGCCAGGGUAGGUUUCGAUCCACAGUUCGAUCCACGGUCACGCGUGUGCGGCAUAUCGUGCGUCACUUGUCGCUACACCGUAGCCGCCCUCAACGUUAUUGCAAAUCAAAUAGAAAUUUGGAGGAUAUAUGCGAAAGAUGAUCUCGAAUGA